AAAACCAAACCCGCGCGCGCCUCGCGAAACAGUUGCGAGUCGUCCGCGUCAGCUCCCACACGCCGCACCGUGUGGCCGUCGCGCGCCUCCGCGAGUGAGUGAACCGCCACGACAUCCACGUCCUCGUCUACCUACCCCCGAAUUCGGGAAGUGAACCCGCGUGACCCCGUGACGUCGUCGACGCAUCGCCGCCAUUACCGAAUAGUGUUGAUCCCUUCGCUAGGAUCCUCAGUGACACAAAACAUACUUACAAGUGACUUGGAAUACAUCGUCUGGAUUAUCGUUCUGUGCCUGGAGUUUGAUUUUCGGUGACUGUACGCGCUGGGACUCCGGCGGAACAUCGGUCCUCCGGGCCGAUUCUGAGACGUUGGUCCCUCGGGCCGGAUUUUCCGUUCGUUUCUUUCGGGAGUGCAAGCCCUGACCGGAGUGUUUCCGUGUCCGCAGGGGCAGCUGCGACCAUGAUCAUGGACGGGCUGGAUGCCCUGCCACAGCACUCAUCCUUCCUGCUCGCUGAGUCCGCUGCCGCAGCCCAUAUCGCCGCCGCCGCACACCAUUUCAACGUGCUCAGUUUCGACACGUGCCUCUAUAAGGGCGCCUCCUCGGAUAGCGAGGGGAGCCCGGCGCCCGCCUCCGGGCCCUGCGGCGACCCCCACGGGGAGCCGGCGCCCCCCGAGCCCGCCCCCGGGGACCUCAACACCCCUAUCGCUACCUCCGGAAGUAUCCCGUCGUUUUUCGGGCCGUCCACGGUUGUAGAACCACCCCCUAUCACAGGUUCCUUGGAGGCCGAAGAGCUAUCGGAAGACAGCACCCAGAUCAAAGAGGAGAGCCCAGUCGAAGAAUUCCGGCUGAAAACAGAAGUUGUCCGCGAGAGCCCGCCACCCGGCCGGGCGGAGGAGGAGGAAGCCAGCAGCAGCAGCGUCAGCAUGUUCCCUGUAGAUCCCUCUCAAAACAAGAUCAGCUACCGCGGGAUCUUCACCGCCACAAGCUCAGCCUCGAUGGAGCCCUCGAGUUCCCUCAGCACGAAUCCCUCAUCUUCUGGCAUCAACCACUGGAUCCUGCCCAGCCCAGACAAGAACCUCUUCACGCCCAUAUUCGGCAUCCUGCAGCCCCAGCAGCCGCCCACGCAUCAACAGCAGCAUCAGCAACAGCAACAACAGCAGCAGCAACAGCAGCAGCAGCAACCGGUCUACGCGUCGCCGAGCCCCCACUACGACGACAGGCACCACGUCGAGUUGCUAGGCUUGAGUAUAGAUUGCGGGAACCCAGCCUUGAAACAGCCGCACUACUCCGGCUGCGAGGACCUUUACCAGAGGGUGUCGCAGCCGCCCCAGCCGACGGCCAAGUACCAGUGGUUAGACACAUCGGUAGACUACGCCACCGGCUCCAGCGUCGGACCCAGCACUAGCGGGCUGGUGCCGAAGCAAGAGCCGGUCUUCUCCAGCAACCCGGUGGCCUGCAGCUCCUCGGUGGGCGAGGUGCAGUUGGCCGAGUACAACCCUCUGACGAGCAAGGGGCACGAGAUCCUGUCGCAGGUGUAUCAGCAGUCCUCGCUGCCGCUCAAGCUGGUGCCGGUCAAGCCUCGGAAGUACCCGAACCGGCCGAGCAAGACGCCGGUCCACCAGCGGCCGCACGGCUGCCCCGUCGAGAACUGUGAUAGGCGGUUUUCCCGCUCGGACGAACUCACCCGGCACAUCCGGAUCCACACCGGGCAAAAGCCCUUCCAGUGUCGGAUAUGCAUGCGCUCCUUCUCGCGCUCGGACCACCUCACGACGCACAUCCGAACGCACACCGGGGAGAAGCCCUUCUCCUGCGACACUUGCGGGCGGAAGUUCGCCCGGAGCGACGAGAAGAAGCGGCACGCCAAGGUCCACCUCAAGCAGCGGGGGAAGAAGGAGUCCAAGAUGGCGGCCAUGCUCAACCAGCAGCAGCAGCAGCAGCACGGCCACCACAGCCACCACCAUCCGCAUCACCCGCCCGCCAUGCCGCCGGUCGCCGUCACCACUUCGUUAUGAGAGUCCGGCGCCGCCGCUCGCUGUUCUUUCGUUCUAUCUGUGAUUCCGUUUACUCUGCUCACCCUCGACUGCAGGACCGCAGCUAGUUGAAAUGAUCUCGUACGACCCUCCACUUGCCCCGCGCCUGCCCCUCCGUCGCGUUAGCCCUCGACGCACUACCUUUCCUCCCGGAGGCUCUCUCUUUGCCGCCCAUGCUCCUACAAUGCAUCGAAACCGACCUUCUGUCUAAAUGGCGUGAUUUGGGGGUUUUCUUAUCAAACCUAACAGGAGUUACAUUCGGAUACGCACGGAGAAAAA